UUACAGAGUGUGCGGCGUGGACAAGUGUGGAGACUGCGUGGACAGGGGGACACUGGGAGACUCAGGACGACACAGGAGGGAACUAGAGGACUCGGGAGGAAACGAGAGGACUUAGGAGAGGACCCACCGAAAGUCCCCGCGAAGCCGUGCGUGGGCUUGAUGAAUUGAGCAUCGGGACAGCGCUCAUCACGCACGUACUCAACGCGAACGCGCCCGUUGAUUCAGCACGCGUGCGGCACAUUCGGUACGUGUGGAUCGUGAUCUCACAGACAGUGACGUCAGCUGUGAUGGCCAAACUCCAGGGCUUUGAGUUCUGGAGUAAGACCCUGAAAGAAGCCCGCUUUGUGGUGGCCCCCAUGGUGGACCAGAGCGAGCUGGCCUGGCGCCUGCUGAGCCGCCGUCAUGGGGCCCAGCUCUGCUACACCCCCAUGCUGCACGCUCAGGUAUUUGUGCGUGACACCAACUACAGGAGAGCUAAUCUCUACAGUGAGAUUUGCAAGGAGGACAGACCUCUCAUCACUCAGUUUUGCGCCAACGAUCCAGAAGUGUUCAUUCAGGCGGCCCUGCUGGCCCAGGACCAUUGCGACGCCAUCGACCUCAACCUAGGUUGUCCUCAGAUGAUUGCUAAGAGAGGGCACUAUGGAGUCUUCUUGCAAGAUGAAUGGGAGCUGUUGGAGAAAAUGAUCAGGUUAGCCAAUGAAAAGCUCUCGGUGCCCAUCACAUGUAAGAUCCGUGUGUUCAAUGAGAUGGAAAAGACAGUGUCCUACGCCCAGAUGCUGGAGAAAGCUGGAUGUCAGCUGCUCACAAUACAUGGCAGAACCAAAGACCAGAAAGGACCCAUGACUGGAAUCGCUAGCUGGGAGCACAUCACGGCAGUGCGGAAGGCAGUUAAUAUUCCGGUGUUUGCUAAUGGAAACAUUCAGUACCUGAGUGAUGUGGAGCACUGCAUUCAGGAGACGGGGGUUCAGGGUGUUAUGAGCGCAGAGGGGAACCUCCAUAACCCUGCACUAUUUGAGGGCAACAGCCCCCCUGUGUGGGAGAUGGCUGAGGAGUAUCUGGAGCUGGUAAAGCAGUAUCCUCCCUGCACUCUGUCCUAUGUACGAGCCCACCUCUUCAAGCUGUGGCACCACACGCUACAGAUACACCAGGACCUGAGGGAGGAGUUGGGCAUGGUGAAGAACGUCGAAAGUUUAGCCGAUGUCAGCAAAAGGUUGAGGCUGCGCUGUCAGGAGGAGAUAGCCAAAGGAAAGGAUGUGGAAGAGAAGGAGGGCAGCCUGCCCUUCCCCCACUGGGUCUGCCAGCCAUACGUUAGACCAGUGCCAAAGGACCCAGAUGCCAAUGGUAACAGCCAGGGUUCAGAGGUGAAGAAGACAGUAUGUCAGAAAAGGGUGCUGGAGGUCUCUGAUGGGUCCACUGACACACUCUCCAAAAACAAGCAGAAAAGGAUAACCCGUAACCCCAGGAAGAAGUUCGGUCACGAGCAUAGACCCAAGUACAUCAAAUGUGAAGAGUGUGGAGACCCAAAGGGAAAUAAGUGUGUCUUCAACCUGUGUCGAGGCUGCUGUAAGAAAAAGGCCUACAAGGAGGUGGCAGACUGUCCAGGUCAUGGGCUGAGGUUCAAGACCAAGGCAGAGAAACGGAAAGCUGACGAGAACAACGGGAAGGACGCCUCCGAGACGGAGAGAAGCUGCAGCUCCCCUCAGCCUGUCCCCGAGACGGAGAGAAGCAGCAGCUCCCCUCAGCCUGUCCCCGAGACGGAGAGAAGCAGCAGCUCCCCUCAGCCUGUCUCACAGCCGAGUACAGAGCUGCAGGAGCAGUCCCAGGCUCAUCUACCGCUAUGAGCAGGACUAAAGCUACCUCCACAUGCACAGACCGAUUCUGAGGUGUCACAUGUAGAAGUCUUCAGUUCAGAUGUUCAUUAUCUGUGUGAGACAUAGAUUUUCGAUGUUAGUGUGUGCAUGUAGAGGUACAAAACGAUAAGUCUCACAAUUAUUCUCCAGAACUGUCUGUAUCGCACUGAUGCUGAAUUAUGGACACUGAUCAGUAGACCAAAAACAUAAAGUAAAGGAAUAUUUUUUCAUUGGAUGUGGAUUUCCAGGACAAAUUAUAAGCUCGGUAUUUGUUUGGCAGGUAAGUUGGGAGAUUUCUCUACCAACUGUCAUUUUAUUUUUUAAGUUAGAUUUUAUGCGGAUAAUGUUUGGACAUUAUUUUUGCCAAAUCUGUUACUAAGCCACCAAAGAUUCCAUAACUUUCUGACUGAAUGGAAUUUGUUUUUGCGUUCAUUUAAGGUUAUGAAUGUGGUUGCGUUCUUCAACUGAUGAGUUAAACUAUUUAUUUUGGGUUUUAGGUUUGCCUGUAGUGCUUUGACCAUAUGUGCCUUUUGGAUGUGAAAUACCACUGCCUAUUCAGAUAAGAACUUAGGAGAACACCAUCUGGUGCCGUGCAAGACGAGCUCAGUGACUACACAGUCCUGGAUCUGCUAGGAACAUAAUAUUUUUGGCAAAUGGUUUUCUUCUUUUAUAUACAUUUUUCUUGAUGAAAAGACUGGUGCUGACCUUGACUUGGUACGGACAAUAUGUACAUAGAAAAAAUGUAUGUAUAAAGUUGGCAUCAGUCCAAUCAUCUUACUCCGGACAAAGUAUUUUCCCCAAUUAUGAAACUCCCUUUAACCCAAGACUAUAACUGAAUUUGUCAGAUAUGUGAGACUCAUUCCCCAAAUCUUCUGUAUGAUGUUCUUAAAAUUUGUUGGGGGUUUGAGUGAAUCCUUUUUUUAAUGCUUUUAAUUUAACAUUGCCUUCAUAAGGUUUCAAUAUUGCUGGCUAGGCAUCAUUUUCAUGGCGGUACCAGUCUGUUCAUCUCGCUGUCAAAUGAAAAGUUAUUCUUUAGCUAACAAUGUCAACCUAAAAUCUCACUGUCGAAGAUCCAUCCAACAAAUUAAUGAAUCUACUUGAGAGUUGCUGUUGCCUGAUAAAACUUAACUACAACAUUUAGCUGGUAAGCUUUAUAUUAGCCUGGUUAAACUAAACAACACAGACGGUCUUGUAGGACCAGAUUGUCGCUUGAAACGGGAAGAGACUGCAGUUCUUCAACCACAAGUAGACGUAAACCUCUGAAGUCUCUAACAGAAGAUGAAAUUGGUAAUAAAAAAAGCAGUUUCAUAACGUGAUUGUUAAUAAAUACAGGAUGAAAAGUUAAUGAAAAUGAGAUCUGAAGUAGCAUGGGUCUUGUUGGAGAGUAAGGAGAACCAGGAUCAACAUUGGUUGAUAAAACCUUUAGGCUUAAUGGUUAGAAAUAAUACAGUAAUGUUUUAUUUACAUGAGCCAGAAUCCAACACAUUUACAUCACAGGUUGUGUGGAUGAAAUGGUUCUCGGGUCAUCUGACACAGCUUUGGGGGAAUGUCCGACAGAAAAAAAUAACAUUGAGAAUAUGAAGUUGUUGGUUAGAGAUGAUAUCUGUUUUUUCAAAUCAAAUCCACUCUUAACAGUCCUUCCAACUUUCAAGAAAAUGUGUUCUAUUGUUUUUGCAUAUUCCUGCUGACAGAGAAAAAUGGCUAUGAAAAUGUUACCGCCUUGGUGGAGGUUAUUGGACAAAUAAAAAAUUGCUCCUUCACACAUCUGUGUCAGCAUGAAAUCUC